AUGCGUUCCAAGCAGAUGAAGCUGACCUGCAUGUCCCUUCGAGAAAAGACUGUGGUACUGAUAGGGAAGAACACCAGGAUGCACAAGGCUAUCCAAGAGCAUCUGGAAAACAACUCAGCUCUGGAGAAACUACUGCCUCAUAUCCUGGGUAAUGUGGGCUUUGUGCUCAGCAAGGAGGACCUCACUGAGAUCAGGGACAUGCUGCUGGCCAAUAUGGUGCCAGCUGCCACUCUUGCUGGUGCCACUGCUUCACGUGAAGUCCCUGUGCCAGCCCAGAACACUGAUCUGGAGCCAGAGAAGAUCUUCCUCCAGGCUUUAGGUAUCACCACUAAAAUCUCCAGGGGAACUCACUUCCUGGAGGGUGUCCGCAAUGUUGCCAAUGUUUGUAUGCAGAUUGGUUACCCAACUGUUUCAUCAGUACCCCAUUCUAUCCUCAAGGGGUACAAGAGAGUCCUGGCUUUGUCUAUGGAGACUGAUCACACCUUCCCACUAGUUGAAAAGGUCAAGGCCUUCUUGGCUGAUACAUGUGCCUUUGUAGUUGCUGCCCCUAUGGCUGCCACCACCAUUGCUACUCCUGCUACUGCUGCAGCCCCAGCCAAGGUUGAAGCCAAGAAGAGUUAGAGGAGUCUGACAAGGAUAUGGGAUUUGGUCUCUUUGACUAUUCACCAAAAAGAGCAAACUCAGCCAGCUUUAUUUUCAGAACAAGGAAAUGAAGGCUUACUUCUCUUAAAUAAA